GAUCCGUUCGCCCGGAGAGCAAUACUGGCAAACGCAACAAUGUAAACUACCCUGGACGUAUAAACGGUCCUGAAAGCCAACCUACUGUUUUUCAAUCGUGCCAUCCAACAAGGCGAUACUAGAUACGGUAUUAUCAUGCAAAUGGUGAUAAGCUAAGAUAGUUAGCCGUAAGCGAACAAAGCAUCUAAAUUGUGCAUCAGUGAAUAGAUAAGCAUGGUAUAACGGGUGUCGACAAAUAAGUGUCAUCAAUGUGUCGGAAUGAAAAACCAAGUGUGGCAACAAAGGUCAUGAAAAUUUCUGUCGACACCGCUGGCCGUGUGCUGCUGUUGCUCUAUGCAGCGAAAUAAUUAGUGAAGGACCACACGUGGAUUAAAUUAAAGUUUGCAAUCGAAGGCGUAUUUAGGACGAAAUGUAUCGAAGAGAAGUUCGUUGCUGUCGUGUACAGGCAAUACUGGUGUUUUUGACACUGAUUUGCAUGUUUUGUGGAAGAUGUUCGGCCUCGUCGGAGUGUCCUUUUCACGCGAUGUGUUCGUGCAAAAGCGCCAUGGUAACCUGCGUUGGUAUACGGAUAUUCUCCCUUAAAGAUAUAUUUCAUCGACCCCAGUUCAUUCACCGGGAGAACGAGUUCAGUCAAAUCGUGGUUAGCCGAUCGGGUUUGUUACAGCUUGAUUGGAGCCCUACUCAAAUGGUAACACUUAGUCUGCCCAAAAAUUCAAUCUACAAUAUAUCACAAGGAGCAUUUAAAGGGAGUGAGAGCUCGUUAUCUAGCCUGGACCUCAGUGAUAAUCGUCUUGUAGCAUUGCCAGACCUAACAAGUUUGCGGGCGUUACAGUGGGUCAAUCUCCAACACAACGAUUUCACAGAGCUGCCUGAAGGUUUCCGAUACACCAAUAUCUCAACCUUAUUUAUGUCAGGAAACUAUAUUCGAACGAUUAGUCCGGACUGUCUGCCCGACUCGCUCGUCACACUCGACCUCGACGGCAAUCAGAUCCUCAACAUUGAGGGCAAUACACUUCCGCCAGGAUUGCGAGCUCUAAACCUUGGGAAUAAUAUAAUUAACGCGGCGCCAGGCCAUAUUCUCCACAAGCUAGCUUCGCUCGAACGAUUGUCCUUGAGCAAUAAUGUGUUCAAGCACUUACCAAAAUGGUGGCACCUUGGCCGGACUGUCCAGGUCUUGGAUCUGUCGCAUGGCUCGUUACGGCAGCUUGAUGCGCCCUGCAUCGGCCUAGCGAACUCAACUAGCUGCGAGCAUCUUCAAACACUGCACCUCGAAUAUAACUUUAUCUCAACGAUAAGCGGGGCGGCAUUCGAAGGCAUGCGUCUCAGAAAGCUGUUCUUGAAUUCUAACCGUCUCAUGCAACUCCCUGAAAGCACAUUUAAUGGCUCCAUAGCAAAAUCCCUUCUGAUUCUCGAUUUAAGUGAGAAUCAGUUUUCAUCACUGCCGGCCUGCGUCUCCGACUUGCGAAGUCUCACAGUUCUCAGCUUACGAGGAAACCUCCUGAGUGCCUUUGAGCCGGUGGCGUCAGGGGGCGCUUCUUAUCCAGCGUUCUUCAAAACACUCCAGGUAAUGGACUUGUCCUACAAUCAGUUAUCUGCAAUUCCGCCAGCCUUUGCUGGUACAACAGAUUUGGUGCGUCUCAGCCUUCAGGCGAAUCUGAUCGAACGCCUGACGUCGCACGACUUCACAAAGUGGUCAGUAAACUUACGCAGUUUGAGUCUAUCGAAUAAUGCCAUUAAGGUGAUCACAAAACACGCCCUGCGGAACCUCGUAAGUUUGAAAGAGCUCAAAUUCUCUUUCAAUAAUAUUCACUACUACGAUGGAUCUGCUUUCGGUGCACUGGGUAAUCUGCAGGCGUUGGAGAUAUCAUCGACUUUAGCCAGCGACAUUGCUGUGCGCAAUGUUCACAAAUUACUAGCUCCUCUUAAAAAACUAAAAUCACUUCAGAUCGAUUACAAUAGAUUAUACCAUAUUGAACCGUUUGCCGCCUCCGUGACUAAUCUCGACCUCGAGGGCAACGAUCUUAACACUGUACCUGCAAUAUCAACGUUAUCAAAGCUAUCUCGUUUAUCAUUGAGCUACAACAGCAUCCAUUAUCUGCGAAGUAACGUCCUGCAAAAUGUGUCAUCCUUGGAACAAGUAAUUCUUAUUGGAAACCCGUUAAGGGAAAUAGAAUCGUACGCGUUUUCGGAUCUACGCUCGUUGGUAAGCGUUAUUCUUUCAUCGAACCGCUUGAGGGGAGUCCAAUGUUAUGCAUUUUACAAACUGCCGAGUCUGCAAAGACUCCAUCUUGACAACAAUCUUAUACAGCAUCUGAAUUUGGAUAUGCUCGAAGACGCUGGCAGUCGGCUAUUUCUCAACGCGUCAAAUAAUCAGAUACAAAAUAUAUUUACUAACAAAAAGAACCGAACUGUCGAUGUUCGUAUUUUUGACGUCUCGAACAACCGCGUCGAUCGGAUUACGUCAGAAGUGUGGUCCAAGAUGCCACGACUUGUGCAGUUAAUCGCUUCAAAUAACCGUCUCAAGGAGCUUGCAAUUUGUGAUGUACCUUUAAGCCAGCUGACCAUAGCCGAUUUCUCAGAAAACCAACUUUCUGCUGGUGCUAUUGCCAAUCUUAGCGUGUUUUCACCGGCGCUCGAAGUACUCAAUUUGCGCGGCAAUGGACUUGAGUCGCUGCCCUCGGCCGAAGUCUUCGCACAAGACUAUUUGACGACAACCACCGCCGCAAUUGCUGGCCCCAGUGGUGUUGUAGAAUCAACAGGCCCAGCGUCCGAUUCGUUGCCGCUGCCGCCAUCAUCAUCAUCAUCACCUAGCAACGCCGAUCACUGGCCGAUGAUGCGCGUUCUUGAUUUGUCGCGAAAUCAACUGCGUCAAAUUGAGCACACUGCCCUUCCACCAUCAUUGCAGAUGCUCAACGCAUCAUUUAACCCUCUUGAAAAGUUCGGCAAUAGUGGGGCUGAACUGAGGGCGCUUUCAUCGUUGGAUAUUUCAGCGACUCGGCUGGCUCACGUCCCGAUCCCCACCGUGGCAUCAUUAGAGCAGUCGGCGCCCAGCAAGCUUCAGGUACUCAAUGUGUCCCUAAUGUCGUUCGCUCAUUUAGAAAACGUGUCCAGCCAGUCUCUACCCCGAGGUCUACUCGUUCUCGACGUAUCGGGCUCAAAUGUUCGUUCGGUAACCCUCGACGAACCGUUACUGGCCGAACUGAAUCUAGCUAAUACAACAUUGGUGUCUCGUUAUGUCGUCCACGCCCCGUCUCUACGCGUCGCCGAUCUGUCGCAUAACAGAGCUCAAAAUCUCAGCUCGUUGCUUAAAGCUUUUUCAGCGGAUCAACUGCACGAACUCAAUCUUGAGGGUAACGCGAUCGAUAAAAUCUCGAACUUGAUUUGGCGUAAGGUGCCACGUCUCACCCGUCUGCGGAUUAACUCGAACCCCCUCGAAGUGUUAACACUACAUUCUUUUCGAGGUUUGAAUCAUCUAAGCGAACUCGACAUGCGAAAUCUUAGCCUAACUAAUCUCGAUCCACGGUGUCUGCACAAUCUCAAAGCGCUAUCAUCACUAAAACUGUCAACGUACAACAAAGGCAUCCGAUCACUGCGACUGCAAGAAUUACUUUCCGAUUCGUUAGCUCUACGCCACGUAACUGUUGAGGUGGAAGAGCCAGUUCUCUCUUACCAACUCCAGUGGGCUUUUGCAACCACAAAGUUACGAGAACUUCAAGUGACAGGAUCAUCUUUAAGGUCAAUACUUCCGGACGCCUUUCUUGGACUCGAAAACAUUCACGAGCUGGUACUUCGUAUACGACAUACCUCAGUUAUGGAGCUGCCUGAUGGUCUUCUCCGAUACCUGACAGAUGUGCGCUUUCUUACGCUCGAUCUCCGCUCCAACCUCCUGCAAAGCAUCUCACCACGCGUGCUCGACUCCAAAAGGAUGUCAUAUUCCAAGAGCACCCAAUUUCUAGCAGUUUGGACAGGGCCGAUUGCCGGAGAAACGCUCGGCUCCGAUUAGAGCCGUAUUCAGGCAGUGUCUGUUUUUUGGGAAGCUCUAACGUUACUCACACAUAUUCUUGCUACCAUUUCGACUCGAGAGGAGCAGUUCCUCGUCUCAAAUUAUUCGACUUUCUAGCCUAUUCAGCCUGCAUAUUCAACCGCGUCCGCCAAUCGAGUGUUUUUGGAGAGGGGAACCUUUUUCUUUUUUUUGCUUUUCUUGGCCUGCAUAGAACGAAAUAGUAAAUGGCCUCCCUGAAAUAUACGUUCUGUAGCCUCGCUAUUCCGCGACGUUUCGCGUAUCUAACAAGCCAUCACCUUCGCAAACCUUGCUACAGAUAGUCGAUCAGGCCAAUUUAUGUGUUUAUUGAAUGCACCCUGCGAAUCAUAGAAGGAAAUAAUUUUCAUGCCUCGCACAGCUACAGAUGCGAUGAAGGUCCGCCGCAAAACCUGGCUGAGGGUUACAGCUGUUAUAAUCGUUGAGAAUAAUACUAAAUCCACUGAGAUGAUAACGAAAAAAUUGCUUCUUCUAGGACAUGUAUGAAAAAGGCUGAAUAUCUGCUCUUCUUUGCCGUGCUGUUCGAAGCACGAAGUGUAUUUUGAUGUCCUAAACCGAUGCCUUACCUACCACCUUCCGGCAAAUAGCAAGCCUAUAAAUCCAACCCAUAAAAUCAGUUCUCUGAGUCGCAAAUAUAGAAGGUUUAUAAUACUGCUUCAAGGUUUCUUUAUUGGGCAAGUUUAGAUAUAUAAUGAAUUCGACUGAGAAAUAAAGGGUGCAUACAAAUCACCUGGUUUAUUUCAGCCUGAUACUGACUUGUAGAUAGAAAUUGUGGUAUCGAAUAUAUACGGUCCUAUUUAAAAAUGUCUGUAUUAUUGUGAAAAAUGGUACAUCUUAGGACCGCUACCCUGGCAAAUUGGUUUGCUCGAUCCGCGUAAAUAAAUGUUUCUCUGCGUUGGGUAGAUUAAUAAUGUAUCGUUUGAGUCCCGCAAACCUUGGCCUUAAUCGACAUGUUUACUAUUUAUUUAUGUGAAUGUACAAGAUUAUCUGUGUGC